GAUAUCACUUGACUUGUUAAUUUUGAUAACGUCGAAAUAAAUAAAUUAAUUAUAUUUUCAUUUAAAGUAUUUACAAUGACAAUUAUUGGCCUCACUUGAGCGCAGUCUUAGCUUAUUGUGUAAUUCGUGAGAGUAGCAAUUUUGUGUAAUGGAAAGGUCUGCUAACAGUGCUAACGAAAUGAGUCGCCGCGCCGGAGAAUUCAUAAGACGUGUAAACAGAAUAACCGACGGACCAAUGACUAGAAAAAAACUGGUAAUAUUAAUUCUAAUUGUUGUAUUCUUAAUUCUUUACGUCGGUCCUACGUUUAUGAACUGGCUCUUUGAAUCUGAAAGUUCAGCAGUCAGUAAUCAAAUCUUAUGUCAAAGAAACUUUAUAAACCCUUUCGAAGACGCGCUAAGAGAUUACGAUGCGUAUAUGAGACAGGAAACAGCCGCUACAUUAACUUCUUCAUCGCAUAACUAUGUGCCUUAUGUUGGUAAUGGCUAUAUUGGACUGACCCUUGAACAUGAUGACCAUUUGAACAUUAAAUAUGGCAGAUCAUUGUCAUUGCCGGUGUUUUAUCAUCCUCUAUACAUUGUCAGUGAUUUCGAAAUGAAGGAGGUAACUCUUGUUGAAUACAAGAAAGGUAUUGUCCAUAGAUUUCAAUGUGGCAACUCUGGCUUACAAAUAUCAUACCAGUAUUAUGCACACCGGACUAUACCCUCUCUCUUUGUUCAAGAGAUUCUAGUGAAUAAUCCAACGAAUUCUGGUAAAACAUUACAAUUGAUGACUCCCCUGAUAACAGGGUGGCCGACCGCGGUAAAACAAGUUGUUAAGCUUCAUCAAGGAGUUGAUACAAAGGAUUAUGAAGUUGUCACUGGCAUGGUUGCAAUACCUGAUAGCGAUAAAGUUGUUGCUGUGGCAGUUGUCUGCAGACAACUAGAUAAUUCCAUCCAAGUGGAUGCGAGAGAUGGGACAGAUAUCCUGAUAUUAACCACAGUUCAGUACAGUAAGCCGAUAAAACAGGCAGAUUAUGCUAAACAUAAAGACAUUGUAGAGAAAAAGGCUAUUGAAGAAAUGGAGAAAGUGAUCGCUCUAACGGGUGACAGAACUUCAGUGAGAAAUUUGAAAGAGAGUCACACUCGAGUGUGGCAAGGUUUAUGGUAUACUGGGUUUUAUAUCUCUGAAUCGAAAGCACACGGUAUUAUGAACGGAGAUCGCAUUAAUGCUACAAUAUAUGCAAUAUUAUCACAAGUCAGAAGUUACGAACACGAGGAAAAUAUUAAAGCUUCAACCAGAUCAGAUAUACUACGGACUCUAACUUAUUCUGAAGGUUGUUACGAAGGUUAUUCCACUCUAGAUGCCCUUAAUUUGUGGAAACCGUUAAACAGUUUGUCAAGCAUUAACAAGGUGGCAAGUCUUUGGUUAUUAACAUUAGAAAAACAAGGCUGUCAUAAUUUGCUUAAAGCAGGCGCUAGCGGAGUAAACCAAGCUAUGGUUUUAAGUUUUGGCAGCUUAAGAUUCAGUAAUCAGCACUUAGAAUACAACAUACACCCAUCUAAACUCCACAGAGACUUUUUAUUCCGUCGUAUUAUUUACGGAAAUAUGACUCACGUGAACAUCAGUGUGAUCCUACAAGAGGAUAAUAAGGCAGCCAUUUUCGUAGCCUUAGAUCGUUCAGAUAGAAAUUAUUAUGCAUGUGAUGCGGGCUGUUUAGAUUCUCCAGUACAAUUAGGUCCGUAUAAAAAAUACUUUCCUGUGAAACUAACUGAACCGUUAACAGCUAUAUUAUAUAUAACUGCUGAUAAGAAGCAUAUGGAAGAUUUAAGGCAUGCUAUACACGUAAGAGAGGUGGUGGAAGCGCCAGCACAUGAAAACCAUGUGAUAGCGUUACAUAAACACGGCUACAGUUUGGGAGGCUUAAAUCCAUUAUUCUGGGUGUCUAUAAUAGUAUUAAUUGUGGUGUUCCAUUUGUUCCUAUGUAGAAUAAUAAUGAAUGAGUUUUGUGACAACAGUAUGAGUUAUAAAAGACUUUAUAAUAAAGCUUAGUUACUUAGA